CAAGUUUACUCAUGCGCUUCUACGGGUGGUUAGAUGUUUAACAUAAUAUAUUUAGAAAUUUUUAAUCUAUAACGUUUCCUGAAGUAUUGUUGUGUCACGUGUCUGUCAAGUAAACGGUAACGAGAAUUGUUUACACUUUAAGUUUUCCAAUAGACAAAGCAGUAACGACAAAAUGGCAGAAGGUGGAGAUAUUAACGAUGUUAUCGCCUCUUUUAAAAAAUUCAACUUAGUUGGAUUGGCAAAAGGCAAAGAUCCAAACAAAAUGACCAACCAAGCAUGGGGUAAAAUGGUCCAGGAUUGUAUUGGAAAAGAUACUACAACUAAACAGAGAAUGGAUUCCAGUGUAUGGCCAUACGUCAGUGAUAAAGCAACUAAAACACUUGAUCUAACCAAUGCAGCUAAAUGUAAUGAAGCUUUGGACAGGGCUGCUAAAGUUUAUAAGGAAAUCAAAAAGAGCAAAGACAGCGAGGAGGAUAUCCGAAAACAACUUGCAGCGAAAAUUUGUAGCAGUAACCCGGAUGUGAAAAAAGUGGCACAAUCUUCUACAGGGGGUGUCGGCAGGAUGACUGACACCUCGGGUUAUACGGGUGCUCAUAAAGAACGAUUUGACGAAUCUGGAAAAGGAAAGGGUGCAGCAGGACGAGAAGACAAAAGUGAAAAUACAGGUUAUACCGGCCAAUAUAAAGGAUCUGGUAGUUACGGAAAGAAAUAAUUGCGAACACUAAAGGAGAAAUGUGUGAUUUGUUAUAUUUAUAUUUAUAUGCAAUACGUAGAACCAUUGCAAUAUUUUUCUGACUGUAGACAUAUUUUGACUGUUCAAUAAAAUAUAUGUAAGUGUU